AUGUUGAGCAGCACAACAGAGAGCAGCAUCAUGGCCUUGAGCAGUCCGACUAGUACCAGAUCCACGACCCUGACAUCCACGAGCCAGACGAGCAGUGCAACGAGCACUGCGUCUUUGACCAGGACGGAUGCCAGCAAUACAACACUGAUCAGCACGACAUGGACGUUGACAGCUGAGAGCAGCAGCAGCAGCACGACUCUCACGUCUACAAGCGAGACGAGCACUGUGACGAGCUUAGCGUCGGAGAGCAGGACGCCGGGCACUGGCACCACAACUUUGACAUCCACGAGCGAAACGAGCAGUGUGACGAGCAGCACGACGCAGAGUAGCAGCACCGUACAGUCCUCCACGAAUGAGUCGAGGACCGCGGAUUUGGGAAGUUCGACGGGUACCAGCAGCUCGACGUGGAGCAGCACAACGGAGAGCAGCAGCACCACCCUGACAUCUACGAGCGAGACAAGCAGCCUGUCAAGCGCAACUUUGUUGACCAACGAGGCAAGCAGCAGGAGCACAACGUUUAUCAGCACGAUGCCCACCAGCACCACAACCCUGACUUCAUCGACAAAGACGAGCAGUGCUACGAGCACUGCGUCUCUGAGCAGCAGCACGUCGUUAAGCAGCACGACGGAGACAAGCAGCGUGACCUUGACUUCUGCGAGUAAGACCAGUUACGCGACAGACAGGAGCACAUUGGGUACGAGUACGACAAGUGUCUACAACAGCACGACGGUGAGCAGCGCAACAGAGAGCAUCAGCAGCACGGCGUCGAACAGUUCGUCGGGCACCAGCACCACGAGCUUGACAUCCACAAGUGAGACGAGCAGUGCGACGAGCACCGCGUCCCUAAGCAGGACGGAAACCAGCAGCACGAAACAGAUCAGCACGACAGAGAUGUUUACAACAGAGAGCAGCAGCACGACUCUCACGUCUACAAGUAGGACGAGCAGUUGUGACGAGCGUCGUGCUGGUGAGCAGCACAGCGGGUAUGGGUACGACGGAAACCAGCUCCUCGACCUUGAGCAGCACUACGGGUACCAGCGCGACAGGUACCAGCAGUAG